AUGGCCGAAACUACAACAAUUGAUCUUUUGAGUGGCUGGCCAGCUCAGUCUUUGUUCCCCACCAACGAAUUAUCUUCUGCAGCUGUCGCGGUCCUGAAGAUUCCGGAGACAUACAGAGCCGGGCUCAACUAUGGAGACGAUGAAGGAUACCUCCCUCUACGCCAGAACUUGAGGAAAUAUCUCGCCAACUUCUAUACACCAGAAAGAAAAGCAUCAGUGGAUCGUGUUUGCAUCACUGGAGGUGCAAGUCAAAAUCUUGCCUGCAUCUUACAAGUUUUUACAGACCCGCUGGUCACCAGAACAGUCUGGAUCAUUGAACCAUCUUACUACCUUGCAUUUCGCAUCUUUGAGGAUGCAGGUUUCCAUGGUGACAAACUUCGAGGUGUUCCGCCUGAUGAAGGAGGAGUGGAUCUUGGAUUUCUCGAAACAGCUAUGAAGCAAGUCGAGAGCACACCCGCUGAAACCACACAACAACCCAUCAAGCCAUGUCAGCCUCACCGCAAGAUCUAUCGACACAUCAUCUACUGCGUCCCAACUUUCUCCAACCCGACGGGAUUGAUUAUGCCUCUUUCAAAAAGACAGGAGCUUCUGCAACUUGCCCGGAAGCACGAUGCACUACUCAUAUGUGACGAUGUCUAUGAUUUCCUUCGUUGGCCAUCUAGGCCCGGUGUAGAAGUCAAGCAGGCAACGGCCACUUUACCGCGUAUUGUGGACCUGGACAUUCUGGAUGAUGAAAAAGAUGCAACAAGUUUCGGGAAUUGUGUCAGUAAUGGAAGCUUCAGCAAGAUACUUGGUCCAGGAUGUCGUGUUGGAUGGGGGGAGAGCACACCAAGAUUCAUUCACGGUCUUACACAAGCUGGCUCAACUCGCUCAGGUGGUGCUCCAUCUCAAAUGAUGUCAACGAUCAUCAAUGAAUUGUUCAAGGAAAAUUUUCUGGAAGCACAUAUCGAGAAGACAUUGAUUCCAGAGUAUGCUCGCCGAUAUGCUCUCUUUCUCGCUGCCAUCAAGCAUGAUCUCUACCCUCUCGGAUUUCGCUUGGACGAGAGUGUGAUCAACCGCGAAACAGUCGGAGGAUUUUUUAUGUGGCUACAACUUCCAGACGGUAUCGACUGCUACCAACUCGCGGCACGAGCAGCAACACAUGGUGUAUCUUUCAGUAUCGGCCCAACCACUGCGGUAACUCGUCCGCUGGAGGUCGACUUACCAUUCAAGAACUUUAUCAGACUCUGCUUCACCUUCGAAGAAGACCAUAGGCUUGUGGAGGGAGUGCGAAGGAUAGCUCUAGCAGCGGGUUGA